GUUUUGAUUCUCACGGAGACCACAGGGUUGCACGUAUGCUGCUUCCCGCAGAGUCCCAGGUGCCCGCAGGGAGCAGGGUCAUAGAGCUGUGCUGGUAUGGAGCAGGGCAGUGCAGACCCCCAGGAGGGCUUGAGCCCUGCCGGGGCUCCAUGGGGUCUUGCACGGGUCUGGCUCUCAUGUGACCUCUUCUGUGCUUUCCCCACAGGCGAGAGCCUGAGCCCGAGCCGCGGGGCAGCCAAGAGGAAGAAGAAGCAGAGGAGGAACCGCACCACCUUCAACAGCAGCCAGCUGCAGGCUCUGGAGAGGGUCUUUGAGAGGACGCACUACCCCGACGCCUUCGUGCGGGAGGAGCUGGCAAGAAGGGUCAACCUCAGCGAGGCGAGAGUCCAGGUCUGGUUUCAGAACCGGAGGGCCAAGUUUCGCCGUAACGAGAGGGCAAUGCUGGCCAACAGAUCGGCAUCGCUCCUCAAAUCCUAUAGCCAAGAAGCAGCCAUUGAGCAGCCCAUGGCGCCGCGGCCCACUGCGCUGACUCCGGAGUAUCUCUCCUGGACCAGCACCUCCCCAUACAGCACUGUGCCCUCCUACAGCUCCAGUGGGACCGCGACACCCACCCAAGGGGUGAACAUGGCCAACAGCAUCGCCAGCCUGCGCCUCAAAGCCAAAGAGUUCAGCCUCCAUCAGAACCAGGUGCCAACUGUGAACUGACCAGGGCAAAGCCCACCCCGUGGCCUCAUCCAGGAUACAACGUGGAGCUCCUGUGCUGGUCCAGGACAAAUCUGCCACCCACCCAACCCACAUGCCACUCAUCCAAUGUCUCAGCACCUCUCCUCUCCUCUUCCCUUUUGAAGGUAGAGUCAGUCCCAGGCCAAAGUGGCACAUUAUUAUAGCCACAUAUGGAGCAAACUUGGUUAGAAACUUGCUUUUCCGCACACCCUUAUAAUAAAGGCUAUAUAUACACACACAUACCCCCCACACGCUCUUCGAGGACAAACAGACUUGCCAAGGGAACAAGAAUUUGCUUCCAAACAUGGAAGGAUCUUGGACUAUUGGAUUUGACCAAUUUGG